AUGGUUCCAAUUACAAAUCUACCUUAUCCAAUCAAAGUGGAAAUUGUUGUUCUUGAUGGUGACUUUCCAACCGGAGAGGAUGACAACUGGACAGAAGAAGAAUUUGAGAACAACAUCUUGAGAAAGCUUACUGGCCGAAGGCGACACUUGCUUGCCGGAGAAGUAAGGCUCACGGUGAGAGAUGGGUCUGCUACAAUUGGGGAUGUUGAGUUCACGGAGAGUUCGAGCUGGAUUAGGAGCAAAAAAUUUAGGCUGGGUGCACGAGUGAUCCCAAGCCCAGGCUAUCAGUGUUUAAGGAUCCAUGCAGCGGUCACGGAAGCUUUCGUUGUUAAAGAUCAUCGUGGCAAGCAACAUCUUCCUCGCUACUUAUCCCAUACGAGAAACAAUUCUGUAUAA